AAUCGAUUGCUGCGCCAUCUCCGGUAUACGAGGAAGCAAUGCUAGUUUUAGUUAGUGCGCAUUAGUGUGUCUGUCGAUCACAGAGUAUAAGUUGAGUUUACCUGCCAAACGUGUAUCUAUGAUUGCUCAAGUUUGUAUACUCGUGCCAUUCUCGGUGUUGUAUUUCGACAAUUUUCCUGGAAUAUUCCGGCUAGACAGGGACACCGAGUAUCCGCAUAGUGUGUGCAAGUGCGCAUUAAAGGAGUUAUGGGAGACGCAGCGAUGAACGUCGCAGCGUCCGGUGGCGGCGGUCAGCGUGUCGUUAAGGAAGGCUGGCUGCAAAAACGCGGAGAGCAUAUAAAGAAUUGGAGGUCGAGGUAUUUUGUUCUGCGAGACGAUGGUACUUUAGUUGGGUUCAAAGCUAAGCCGGAUCAACAAAUGGCAGCUGCGGCACAGCCACUGAACAAUUUUACUGUUCGUGGUUGUCAAAUCAUGUCUGUAGAUAGACCUAAGCCUUAUACUUUUGUCAUAAGAGGUUUGCAAUGGGCUGCUGUAAUUGAGAGGACGUUUCAUGUAGAAACAGAACAAGAAAGAGAAGAUUGGGUUGCAGCGAUAAGAUAUGUAGCUGCUAGGUUAGCAAGCGAGAAACAAAGUCAACAACAGCCUACGCAGAUGCAACAUUCAUCCUCGUCUGAAGAUGUUGAUAUGGAAUCUUCAGGAGGUGGUAGGUCAGACUCGUGUGGAUCUGUCGGAGUAGUGUCUUCGGAUGUAGACGGUGGCAGUAUUGAUGAACUAUCUGCAAAAUUUAGUGUUCAAGGAACAUCGAAUAGUAAAAGUACAGGGAAAAAAAAAGUAACUCUUGAAAAUUUCGAAUUUUUGAAAGUUCUGGGAAAGGGUACAUUUGGGAAAGUAAUCCUUUGCAGAGAAAAGGCAACGGGCCAUUUAUAUGCUAUUAAAAUAUUACGAAAAGAAGUUAUUAUUCGUAAAGACGAAGUCGCGCAUACACUUACUGAAAAUAGAGUACUGCGAACUACGAAUCAUCCGUUCCUAAUUUCUCUAAAGUAUAGCUUUCAAACAGCGGACAGGCUGUGCUUUGUAAUGGAAUAUGUAAAUGGCGGAGAGUUGUUCUUUCAUUUAAGACGUUCUCGCGUGUUUGGCGAGGAUCGUACUCGGUUUUAUGGUGCUGAAAUAAUUUCAGCAUUAGGUUACCUUCAUUCGCAGGGUAUCAUUUAUCGUGAUCUCAAAUUGGAGAAUCUUCUCUUAGACAAGGAUGGACAUAUUAAAAUAGCUGACUUUGGAUUAUGUAAAGAAGAUAUAACGUAUGGGAGAACGACGAAAACAUUCUGUGGAACUCCUGAAUAUCUUGCACCAGAAGUGUUAGAAGAUAACGAUUACGGACGAGCCGUAGAUUGGUGGGGAGUCGGUGUUGUUAUGUAUGAAAUGAUUUGUGGUCGAUUACCUUUUUAUAAUAAGGACCAUGAGAAGCUUUUCACGCUUAUUGUAAUGGAAGAAGUAAGAUUUCCUAGAACAAUUAGUAAUGAAGCAAAAGAUAUGCUUGGUGGAUUACUUAUAAAAGAUCCGAGUAAAAGAUUAGGUGGUGGACCUAACGAUGCGAAGGAAAUUAUGGAUCAUGCAUUUUUUUCGUCAAUAGAUUGGUCGGAUCUUGUACAGAAAAAAAUUCCUCCUCCUUUUAAACCUCAAGUAACGUCUGAUACAGAUACCCGAUAUUUUGAUAGUGAAUUUACGGGUGAAAGCGUCGAACUUACGCCUCCUGAUCAAGGAUUUUUAGGUAGUGGAGGUGGUUUGAAUUCGAUAGCCGAAGAACAAGAGCAUUUCCCCCAAUUUUCCUAUCAGGAAAGUCACUCAGCAGCAACAUCUUCCAUUGUUUCCAUUAAUCACUGACAGUAUCAAGCUUUUCCUUUGUUUACAUAUUGAGAUGUAUGGCUACAUGCAUGAGAAAGUCAGACAUUCGAUUACGACGAAUAUUUGCAGUUUGUCUACCAAUUUGGAAGAAUUUUUUUAACGCGGAUAAAUCGAAAUAUCAGUUAUUUUCGCUAAUUUAUGAUGCUUUUUUAUGCAUCUUUAUAAGGUUUUAACACAUAUCUCCAAUGGCAGAUUCGUGUGUAUGCGUGUAAGUAUAUACGCAUACAUGCACAUACUCAUUGAAAUUGUACAUGAAAAAGUUAUGUACUAUAGGAUCCAAUUAAAUUAAUAUUUAUACCUGCUGAGUAGGUUCGCGGUGAUAUAACGGGGAUUGAAUGUUUUGUUAAACCGAAGGCAGAAUAAGAAAGAUAAGAAGCUUAUCCCGUAAACUGUGUUACAUUAUAAAGAGUGGCAUGCUUCUUCUAUAUGGAAGAACGAUAUUUGAUAAUCGUAGCUACAGUUUCUUUUUUUAAUGAAGAUGGUGUUCAAUAUUUUUUGGCUUCGUUGUCAAUUCUAUCGCAAUAAUUUAUAGAAGAGCAGUUCCUGGUUAUUUUUUUAAAUUCAUUAGUCAAAUAUUAUAGCAGAAGCCAAAAUAGUAAAUUACACUUGGCAAAGAGCCAGUCAAUGGGCAAAUGGAUUUUCCAUUUUAAAAGUAGCAGCAUAGAAACAUUAAUAGCUUUAAUUGAAUUAGUAUAUAAAUCUGAAAUCAAUUUCUAACAUCAAAAGAAAGCGUUUCUUUGUUAUACUACUACUACUACUGAAUUUGGAAGUGUUAUUUUUUUCUUAGUACGAAUCACUAUUCAUCAUGUAUCAUUGACAAAUAUUGAUUUACUGUGAGAAUCAGAUGGAAAUAUAAAAUGCUAUCCUAAUAUUAUAUUAUUAAUAUUAUAUGCUACAAUGAUUAUAUAUAUACAUAUAUUUAUAUUUUAACAAUUAAAGGAUUAUAUUGUA